UCUUCUCGGACUUCUUUCUUUCUUCAUUUUUCUUCUGAACUCAGUGUUCACCACCAAUUAGUUCUCAGUGCUUCGAUCUGAUUGAAAUGAUAGUAAAAAUAUUAGAAAUCAAUCACGGAGAUCCUUAAAUUUGUUUAAAAUAUCAACAAAUUUUUUCUGUUGAUUUAAAUCUCAAUUGAAAAUGGACAAGUUAAGCGCAUUAGAGUACAUCAAUCAGAUGUUCCCUACAGAGGCAUCAUUAACAGGAGUGGAGCCGCUUAUGCAGAAAAUACAGAGUGAAAUUCGCCGUGUUGAUGGCGGUAUACUCGCUGCUGUUCGCCAGCAGAGUAAUUCUAGAACCAAGGCCAAGGAAGAUCUUGCUGCUGCCACACAUGCUGUAGAGGAACUAAUGUACAAGAUUAGAGAAAUAAAAACCAAAGCUGAGCAAAGUGAGACAAUGGUACAGGAAAUAUGCCGUGACAUUAAGAAGUUGGACUUUGCUAAGAAGCACAUAACAACUACUAUAACUGCUCUUCAUCGUCUUACCAUGUUAGUGUCUGCUGUCGAGCAACUUCAGUUAAUGGCUUCUAAACGACAAUAUAAGGAGGUAGCGGCUCAGCUGGAGGCUGUAAACCAAUUAUGCAGUCAUUUUGAAGCCUAUAGAGAUAUACCAAAGAUCACAGAGCUCAGAGAGAAGUUUAAAAAUAUUAAACAAAUACUCAAGUCUCAUGUGUUUUCUGAUUUCUCAAGCUUAGGUACGGGGAAAGAGACGGAGGAAAGUAAUUUAUUGCAGCAGUUAUCUGAUGCAUGUUUGGUUGUUGACGCAUUAGAGCCAUCUGUGAGGGAAGAGUUGGUAAAUAAUUUCUGCAGCAGGGAGCUUACUUCAUAUGAACAAAUAUUUGAAGGAGCUGAGCUAGCUAAGCUGGACAAAACUGAAAGAAGAUAUGCAUGGAUCAAGCGUCGAAUAAGAACAAAUGAGGAGAUAUGGAAGAUCUUCCCUUCAACGUGGCAUGUCCCAUAUCGGCUAUGUAUCCAAUUCUGUAAGAAGACAAGGAAACAACUGGAAGUGAUACUUGAUAGUCUCAAAGAAAAGCCAGAUGUUGGAACAUUGUUGCUGGUUAGGGCACUACAACGAACUUUAGAAUUUGAGGAUGAAUUGGCGGAAAAAUUUGGAGGCGGCUCUACUAAUAGAGGAAUCAGCAAUGAGAUUGAAGAAAUUGGGAGGGAUAGUAAUAGUCAAAAUGUGUCAGAUAUACGAAAGAAGUAUGAAAGAAAACUAGCUGCCAAUCAAGGAACUGGGCCUGAAGAGAAGGAAGGAAAUAAGGAUUUAUCAGUACCGGGAGCUGGGUUCAACUUCCGUGGAAUUAUUUCAUCUUGCUUUGAGCCUCAUCUGACAGUUUAUGUAGAACUAGAACAGAAGACAUUGAUGGAAAAUCUGGACAAACUUGUUCAGGAGGAAACAUGGGAUAUAGAGGAAGGCAGUCAGAAUAAUGUUUUAUCCAGUAGUAUGCAGCUGUUUCUUAUAAUCAAGAGGAGUUUAAAGCGGUGCAGUGCCUUGACAAAAGGCCACACGUUAUUGAAUUUGUUUAAGGUAUUUGAAAGAAUUCUUAAAGCAUAUGUGACAAAGCUUAAGGUGAGAUUACCGAAGGGUGGAAUUGGGCUUGUUGCAGCUGCCACAGGCAUGGAUGGACAAAUAAAGAUGUCAGAUAAAGAUGAAAAAGUGAUUUGCUAUAUCGUCAAUUCAGCUGAGUACUGUCGAAAAACGUCAGGUGAGCUGGCUGAAAGUGUAUCCAAAAUAAUUGAUUCUCAAUUAGCAGCUGGGGUGGAUAUGUCAUCAGUUGAGGAGGAAUUUUCAGGGCUUAUAACAGAAGCACUAAUGACCCUAGUGCAUGGCCUGGAAACUAAAUUUGAUGCUGAAAUGGCUGCAAUGACACGCGUUCCAUGGGCUACACUUGAAAGUGUUGGUGACCAAUCAGAGUAUGUGAAUGGCAUAAAUAUGAUCGUUACAAAUAGCAUUCCUGUGCUUGGAAGCCUUCUUUCUCCAGUUUACUUCCAAUACUUUUUGGACAAGCUUGCAUCAUCACUUGGUCCACGAUUUUAUGCCAACAUUUUCAAAUGCAAGCAGAUAUCAGAAACUGGAACCCAACAAAUGCUUUUAGAUACUCAAGCGGUAAAGACAAUUCUUUUAGAGAUUCCUUCACUUGGUCGGCAGACAUCUAGUGCUGCUAGCUACUCAAAGUUUGUGAGCCGAGAAAUGAGUAAAGCUGAAUCACUUUUGAAGGUUAUACUCUCCCCAGUUGAUUCUGUAGCAGAUACAUAUAGGGCAUUGUUACCAGAGGGAACGCCAAUGGAGUUUCAGCGUAUACUAGAGCUUAAGGGUCUUAAAAAAGCAGAUCAGCAAACUAUACUGGAUGACUUCAUCAAACAUGGCCCAGCAAUUACACAGCCUUCUAUUGCACCGUCAACUGCGCCUACUGCUCCAACAGCUCCUGCUCCGGCAAUAACAAAUCAAUCACUUGGAUUUAUUGCUUCUCGAGAAGACGUUCUUACUAGAGCUGCUGCACUCGGACGAGGUGCUGCAACAACAGGUUUUAAGAGGUUUCUUGCUUUAACAGAAGCUGCAAAAGAUAGAAAGGAUGGACCUUUUAGAAAACUUUUCAAUGCCUGAGAUAUGGCGUAUUAUUACUAUAUUGGUUCUUUAUUCCUAUAUUUUGAGGUUUCAUAAGUUGUCCAUUGUAUCACUAUGUCAAUAGCCAGAUACAAAUUUUGAAUAGGAAAGUCUGAUUUGUGAGAAAAUUUCAAUUGUUCAAAGUAAAAUUUCAUUUCAGGCGUGGUCAAAA